CCUACGUUUUAAGUAACCUUAAAAAUUACAUAAAAAUACGGCAUGAUUAUUCCUCAGCCCUGAAAUUUGUGGAAGCAGAAAAUUAAUAUUAUAAAAUUGUAAAGGACUAUUAUGUCCAGCUACAUUCAUCUGGACGUGGAAUUGAAACUACGUGACGAAAACAAAGCUAUUGUGACUCCAGCUUACUUUCUAGGAAGCAUAGAAGACUCAUUGCAAAAUUUUUUUGGCGAGAUAGGAGGCCAAACUGAUUUAGAGCUAAUAAAAUUUGACAAGGGUCAAAAACGUGCUAUUGUUCGCGUACAAGAAGAAUUUAUUUUGCGUAUUCGUUCCGCUAUUACGCUUAUAGGAUACUUUCAAGACAUUCCAUGCCACUUCAUAAUAAAAAAAUCUUCUAAAGAAAAGCUUGAUUUUUAACCGAUAAAAAAGGUAAAAAGUUUUCAUAAUGUCAUACUGCAAGGUAUUUGGCAAAGAUAAGGUAUGCUUUGUAACCAAAGAGGAUCACACGACACCGAGCUCGAUUGAUUUGCCACCGCCAGAUCCUCCACAAGGCCUUAUAACAAGCGAUGGUGAAAUUAAUUGGAGCUGUCCAUGUUUAGGUGGAAUGGCGACGGGACCAUGUGGGGUUGAAUUUCGCGAUGCAUUUUCAUGCUUCCACUAUAGUAAAGCAGAUCCCAAAGGGUCAGAUUGCUUUGAAGCCUUUAGAGCAAUGCAGGAUUGCUUCCUACAAUAUCCCACAGUAUACAAUAAAUCAAGUGGAAAUGAAGAGGACGACGAUGAUCAUAGUUUAAACAUAGCAAACUUGGAUGAAAGAGAUACAACUGGUAUACUAAACAGCGCAGAUAUAACAGACUCAACCUUAGCAAAUAAAGAUAAUUAAUGUUUUCAUGUACAAAUAUUGACAUAAAAGUAUAGCAACUCAAGUUCAUAUUUUAGUAGCAUAUUUACUGUCACUGAGUUAAAACAUUGUUAUUUUAAUGUUAAUUUGAAAAUAAGUAUUUCAUAAUUGCUUUUUAUU